AGCCGCGAAGCUCGUCGAAGAUGGACGUGAUUGUGAGUGCUGGUGCUACGACUGCGACUGCGACUGCUGGUAGUACCGGUGGCAGCAAUCCGCCGGCUACCACGACGUUACCAUCAACCGCCCCGACCGCUUCCGCCGUGGCCGCGGCCAUCGCGUCUCGUUCGCUGCGAGUGCGCACAUCGAGCCAGAGCGGUGGCAAGCAGUACGGUGAGGCGCUGAGCGAAAUUCAACUCUGCCCGAGUGUGAUGUCCGAGGGGACGCGCAAAAUGCUGCCCCCAACGACGGAAACCAUCCAGACGAAACCAUUUCCAAUACGGGGUGAACGUGCCAACUAUGUGAACAGUCCGCAUGUGAUUGCGAUGGUCGGAUUGCCGGCCCGCGGUAAAACGUACAUUGCAAAGAAACUGUCCCGCUACCUGAACUGGAUCGGCAUCAACACGAAGGUGUUUAACCUGGGUGAAUACCGGCGCCACGCGACCGACGCCUACCGUAGCCAUGAGUUUUUCCGUCCGGAUAAUGAGGAAGCGAUGGCCAUCCGGCAGCACUGUGCCGAGCUGGCGCUGGAGGAUGUUUGCAAUUGGUUGGAAAAUGGAGGAGAAGUUGCGGUAUUCGAUGCCACAAAUUCUACCCGUGACCGCCGUCAGAUGAUACGCGAAAUUGUGGUAAAAAAAAUGGGCUAUAAGCUUUUCUUCGUCGAAUCGAUCUGCGACGAUCCCAGCAUUAUCGAGCAAAACAUCAUGGAAGUAAAAGUAAGUAGCCCCGAUUACCGGAACAUGAACAUGGACGAGGCGUUGUCCGACUUCCGGCUACGCAUCGAACACUACCAGGAACGGUAUGAACCACUGAGCGAAGAGCUAGAGAAGGACCUCUCGUACAUGAAGAUCUACAACACGGGCGAAAAGGUGGUCGUGCACAAGCACGAGGGUCACAUACAGUCGCGCAUCGUGUACUACCUGAUGAAUAUUCACAUUACCCCGAGAACGAUCUAUCUCACCAGACACGGAGAAAGUGAACACAAUCUACAGGGUCUGAUCGGUGGUGAUUCUAACCUAAGCGAACGGGGCCGUCGCUAUUCACAAGCGCUCGCCAAAUACAUCGACGAGCAACAGAUUGAGGGACUCCGCGUAUGGACAUCCUGGCUGAAACGGACAAUUCAAACGGUCGCCGAUGUAAACGCACCUCAGGAACGCUGGAAGGCGCUUAACGAAAUCGAUGCUGGAAUUUGUGAGGAGAUGACAUAUGAAGACAUUCAGCAACGUUUCCCGGAAGAAUUCAAAGCGCGUGAUCAGAACAAAUUUGCCUAUCGCUAUCCACGCGGUGAAAGCUACGAAGAUUUGGUGGUACGGCUAGAACCGGUAAUGAUGGAACUCGAGCGGCAAGGAAACGUGCUCGUCGUAUCCCAUCAGGCGGUGUUGCGAUGCGUGUUGGCAUACUUUUUGGAUAAAUCUGCUGAUGAGCUACCGUACUUGAAAGUGCCUCUACACACCAUUAUUAAGCUGACGCCGGUCGCGUACGGUUGCAAGGUGGAACACAUUAUGCUGCCGAUUCACGCCGUCGAUACACAUCGCGCCAAACCGGAGAGUGAGCUGGAUCUGGACGAUUCCUUCGACAGCACCGUGGGCGGUAGCCCUCCGAACGGAAAGCAGAUCAUUCUGAACGGCUCCAACGGAGAGUGUCGCUUCUUUCCCAACAAUUCGUGA